AUGGAGCAUCCUGUCACACCGAGCCCCUCCUGGAACACUUCUCUCUCCGGCCUCCCCACUUUUCCGGCCUCACUGCAUCCGAAUAUCUCUAACGUGACCCUGCCCAUCACGAGCAGCCGAGGUGGGGUGAAUCUGAACCAGUCCCUGGCGCUGUGUGCUAUGCUCAUCAUGGAUGUGCUGGCAGUGGUGGGGAAUUUGGCCGUGAUGAUUGUCAUCACCAAAACGCCGCAGCUGCACAAAUUUGCCUUCGUGUUCCACCUCUGUCUGGUGGACCUGCUGGCAGCGCUAGUGUUGAUGCCUCUGGGGAUGCUGUCAGACCGAAUCCUGGUGGACGAGGCGCUGUGUCGGAGCUACCUCUGCUUGAGUGUGUGUCUAGUGAGUGCCGCCAUCCUCACCAUCUGUGCCAUCAACGUGGAGCGCUACUACUACAUCGUCCAUCCCAUGCGUCACGAGGUGAAGAUGACGGUGCGGGUGGUGGUGAUGGUAGUGGUGGGAAUCUGGAUUAAAGCUGUUGUCAUGUCAGUGCUACCUCUCCUGGGAUGGCUGCUCCAGGGGAACCAGGGUCCGGGGACUCCUUCUGUCCUCAUUCCCGGGCAGAGACAGUGCUCUCUCCACUGGACGGGAGGCAGGACCACACGCCUGCUUUUCAUGGUCUUCUUUACAUUUAUUUAUUUUCUGUGCCCUGUGAUGAUCAUUCUGGUGGUCUACUGCAACAUGUUCAAGGUGGCGCGAGUAGCGGCCAUGCAGCACGGUCCCCUCCCCACCUGGAUGGACACGCCACGACAACGUUCAGAGUCCAUCAGCAGCCACUCCACCAUGGCAGCCAGCCUCGGAGGAACUGGUGCCCGCGCCACCCCUCAGAGGACCUUCAGCGGCGGGAAGGCCGCAGUGGUCCUGGUGGCAGUGGGGGGCCAGUUCCUCUGCUGCUGGCUGCCAUAUUUCUCCUUCCACCUCUACUCGGCUGUGGUGUCUACCUCUCCCGCCUCGCUGGCCCAGCUGGAGGACGUGGUCACGUGGAUUGGCUAUUUCUGCUUCACCUCCAACCCCUUCUUCUACGGCUGCCUGAACCGGCAGAUUCGCCAGGAGCUGGGCCGCCACCUGGCUUGCCUCUUUAAGCGGGCAGGGCCCAGUGAAGGGGAGCAGCUGCCCAGCCGCGAGGCCUCUAUUGAGGAGAACUUUUUGCAGUUCCUUCAAGGCACUGGAUGCAAUCUGGAGCCCUGCAACUCUCACAGCAGAGCCAGCCCGGAGGCAGCAGAGACUGAGGCCCUUCAGGAGUCAGCUGUUCAGCAGAACAUGCCAGCUGACUUCCACAUCCCAGGGCAGAUCCUUGAGGAGACCUCAGAGUUCAUACAGCGGCAACAGCUGAAGAAUGAGCUACAUGUAUCAGAGAACGAGAACUGCUACAAAACUGUACCAGAGCUGUAG